AACGUGAUCCAAUAGCAUUCGUUUAUUAUGGAUCCGGGUUUGUAACAACUGUUCUUUUUCUACAAACGUUUAUAUUUCAAUUAGCUAAACGCACAGUCUAUGCUACAACGCUGCUCAACUUGGCCUUGUCCAACACUGGAAAAAAAAGUUCAAUUUCUCACAGCAGGUAGCGACUCUUACUAUUAUACAGAGGUAUAUUUACAUUUUGGAAUCGUUAACAAUGCCGAUGUACUGGUAUUAGUUUUUACCCCCUUGUAACUGCAUGUGAGUUCUCGGAUUAUUACAUUAAGCAUCCGUCUUAUACAAUCCAUUUUACUCUAAUUGUGUCAACCGUUUGCUGAUCUGCUACACAGUGCCAAAGUAUGUCAAACGAGUAUACCCCUAGGAGUAACAGUCCGCGUCGCUUUUAGUGUAGGGAAUGUCGUCUUGGGAAAUUACAAAUGUGACAAAGAAAAUGAAAACUGUUUAAGAACUGAGUGAAAAUGAAUUUCUUCUAAGUAAGAGGAACAGGGCUUUCUCGACGUUUCACCUACUGCGUUGAUCCGGUGGGUCAUUGUUCGAAAACGCGGAAUUAGUUGCUCAAAUAUGCAGUUUAAAAUGGUUUACAGAAGUGGGAAGAGGUGCUUGCAAUGGUGGUUCUCUGCAGCCAAUUGCGAAGAAGUCAUGAAAGAGAACCAAAGUGCCUCUGGAGGGGAUCUUCUAGUGUUUGCACAGACAUAUGCGGCUUACCAUGGCUACAUUUCCAUAUUUGUUUGCAUCUUCGGAAUAGUCACAAAUGUCUUUAAUAUAACAGUAUUAACGCGAAAACACAUGCGGACACCAGUGAAUUUGAUUCUGACUUGGCUGGCAGUAUCGGACAUUAUCACAAUGUUAUCCUAUUUACCGUUUGCUAUGCAUUUUUAUUGCAUUUAUCCCGCUGAUGCAAACAAAUCCACGGAGAAAAAUAGCGAAGGAUGGAUGUUGUAUAUGAUAUUCCACAUCAAUUUAGCCGCUACUACUCAUACGGUGUCAAUUUGGCUGUGUGUUAUGCUUGCUAUUGUUCGUUAUUUGCAUAUCCGAUCUCCUACAAAGGCAAACUCGAUGCGACUUCAGAGAAUCAAACAAUCUCGAUUUGGAAUUCUUUUCAUUUACGUUUCAUCAGCUUUGAUUCUCGUUCCAAAUUACAUGAGCAACAAAUUACUACCCGAUGUUCUGCCCGAUAGUAAUGAAACCAUAUAUGUUUUACGAGAUCUGAAUCUGGGCAAAAAUGACACGGAAACCAUGGUUCUUAUUAAUGUGUGGAUAUAUGCAUUUACAGCCAAACUCGUUCCAUGUUUGCUCAUGUUGAUAUUCGGUUCUCUUUUGAUCUAUAACAUCCACGUUAAAAUCCGCCAGAGACGCAAAAUUUUGCAAAUAUCCGGUGCUAGCAGCUUACGACUGUCGGAACACUCAAGGACUACAAAGAUGUUGUUAGCUGUCAUUAUUCUAUUUUUGUUAACGGAACUACCACAAGGCGUAUUAAUAAUACUAAGCGCAUGCGUGGAAAAUUUCUAUGACCAAGUUUACUUGCUACUAGGUGACGUCAUGGACAUUGUAGCGUUGGUGAAUAAUGCGGUGAACUUUAUUUUAUAUUGCUCUAUGAGCACAAAGUUUCGAGAAACGUUUGUUCAUCUUUUCUGUAAUUUUCACCCGUUGCGCCGUUCGGAAGAUUCCGGUUAUACCCUCACAGACAGAUUGGCUAAACUUGAUUCCCACAGCAACAACAAUGAAAACAACCAUCAUCUUCACUUGCUACAAAAUCAUUUCCGAAAGUUGAGCGCCGAACAUCGCAUUGUGAGAGCAUAGUCUGUCUAUGAGGACUUUGAAUGGCACAACGAUUCGUUUAUAUCUUCUGAAAAGAAUUAACAUGAUUCCAAUUUAUUUUAAAAUUUAUUUUACUUUUCUGUUACUUUUUAUUCAUUUAUGUUGAAUGUAUUUUGUAUGUGAAAUAAAAAGACAUAUAAAUAUU